AUGAAGGGCCGGCGGAGGGUGGUGGCGGUGCGGGCCGGCCCGGAGCAGCAGCAGCAGCAGCAGCAGCAGCAGCAGUACCAGCAGCAGUACGUAGUGGGGCAGGUAGCUGACAGCCUCUGGCCGGCGGCGGCCCCCGCCGCGCCGCUCUCGGGGCUCUUCAGCGCCGCCGGCGCCCCGCCGGUGCUGGUGUCUGUGAAAGAAAAGAAAAGAAAGCAUGCAGAGGAAGUGGAGAAAGCAGAAGUGGAGAAAGCAUCAGAAGACCAGAGCUUACCUGUCAUAGAAGAACCUCCUGUAAAAGCAAAGAAAGCCAAAAAAAAGGAACUUUCAAAAGCAGAUAAAAAAUCGGCAAACAGGGAGAGCGCUUUGGAGCAGGCAGAUGAAGAGGAGGAGCAAAAACUGUUACAAAAUAAAACCAAGCAAAAAAAAAAGUCGUCUUCUGCCAUCACCAAAAGUGUUGUUAAAUCAGAUACAGGCACUACUGUAAAACAACAAAGGGAAAAAAAGGUGGUUGAUGAAUUGGUAAACAGAAGAACCGUCUUUGUUGGGAACUUGCCUGUCAACUGUACUACUCAGGUUCUGAAAUCUCGUUUUAAAGAGUAUGGACAAAUAAAAUCCAUCCGAUUCCGCUCUUUGGUUCCAGCAGAAGAUACUUUAUCCAAAAAGUUAGCAGCAAUAAAGCGUAAGGUGCACCCUAAUGCGAAGUUUGUUAAUGCUUACAUUGUAUUUAAAGAAGAAUGCGAUGCCAUUAAGGCUCUGAAGGAAAAUGGAACAGAAAUUGCUAGUGGAUUUCACAUCAGAGUUGACAUUGCAUCAAAAAGCAGUUCGCAUGACAAUAAGCGAUCUGUAUUUGUGGGAAAUCUCUCAUAUGACAUCAGUGACGAUGCUGUGCGAGAGCACUUCUCUGUGUGUGGAGGUGUCGUGGCAGUGCGGAUCGUGAGGGACAGAAGCACCGGCCUGGGGAAGGGCUUUGGCUACGUCCUCUUCGAGGAUACGGAUGCUGUGCAUCUGGCUCUGAGGCUCAACGGGACGGAUCUGAUGGGAAGAAAGGUCCGGGUGCAGCGCUGCGGAAACAAAGGGAAAGUGCCACGGAAAACUCGUGGCCAGCCUCGUGCUCCGAAGGGCGGCGCUGGCACCGCCGCAGGGACCAAGCAGAGCCCUGACGAUUCGUUUGUCGGGGAGACGGCCACGCCGCUUAGGAAGAGCGCCAAGCCAAAGAGACUGAGGACUGCCCCGGGAAGUAAAACGGGGAAGAAGAACAAACGCGCUUUUGAUAAAAGUCAGACGUAUACUGACGUGCGGCACCGUUACAAAGAGUGAUGUAUACGCGAGCUGCUAUAAACGCUGUUGGUGAAUUCGGCUGGAGUGGUUGUCGGGUUCUCCCGCCAGCGCAUGCGCUCCGUGGCGACGGGCGGCUUCCCCGCAGGCACUGGAACAGGCGCCCUCUGCGCCGCGGCUUGAUGACGUCAGCGGAAGCGCGGAAGGGUCCUUUCUGGCUGCCCGCUCUCCCCAAGGUGCCUGCGGAGCUCGGCGCCGGCCGC